AGUGCGGUUUUCAUAGAAAAACGCACCCCCGAGGUGCGGUUUUUGCCUAAACCGCUGGUUUGGGUGGCGGUUUAUGGGAAAGGGUGCUAUUUUUGGCAUUUUUUUGAGUUGGGUGCUAUUUUUGGAAUUCUUUUAAAUAGUGCUAUUUCUGGAAAAAUCCAGGAUUUUGUUGAUAUCGAAAUGUAUUUCAAAGAUUUGUUAAGAAAACUUCUCGUCGCAGAUUCACUUGACUCAGCUGAUUCAGAUACUACAUUUAGAGCUAUCCAAAAGCACAAAUCAGAUUUAAGAACUAUAUUACGCUCGAGAUCAGAAUAAAUUCAGAAACACAAAUUAGGUUUAGAGAGUACCAGAAGAAAUCGAUGGAAUGCAGUAGCAAUCGAUGAUCAGUAAGAGGAGGAGGAUAGAAGAGCUGGCGAGAGGAGAAACUACUUCGGAUGAGGAGGAGAAUCGCUGAUCGGAGAGCUGGCGAGAGAAGAAAACGGCUUCGGAGGAGGAGGAGAAUCGUCGGAUCGGAAAUCGGAGAUAAGCUUAUGGCGAGAUGAGCUGAGAGCUCUUUCUCGAUAGUGAGGAGGAGGAUCGGAGAGUCGACGAGAGGAAAAAACAGGAGAAUCGACGGCUUGGAGAUCGGAGAUGAUGGCGAGCUGAGCCAAGAGCUCUUUCUCGAUUUUUUUUUGGUGCACAACUUUUUUUUUUUUUUUGUUAAGUGCACAGCCUUUUUCAGGAUAGUAAGAAAUGAGAUAAAACAAUUUUGUUAAAAAAUGAGUUUCCGUAAAAAUUCAAAAUUGAAUUGUUCUUUUUCUUUUUUGCAAACAAAAAAACUAGAUUGUCUAGUUCCGUUGGAUCAAUAGCUGAACAGGCUACACGUUUAGGUCAUCAGCGGUUAAAAGAUCCGCUGGACCGUCCGCUGCCAAAGGAGAAGGGAUAUAAAUCCCCACAGCGAUUAUUCUAACCCUUGCAAGAGAACCGCUGGGCUUGGCCCAUUCGCUUGUAGACUGUAGUGUACGUAUGUGUCUAAAUGAGAUAUGUUUUAGGGUAUCUUGCCGGAGUUUGCAACGAGAGAAGUGGCGGUGUUUGAGAACUUCAUUGUCAUACAAUAAUCUUGCCGGAGUUUGUAACGAGAGAAGAAGCGGUGUCUGUAGGUAGGCUGAUCAAUAACCUAAAACUCCUACGCCUAGCUUGGAUUCUCUUGCAGUUAGUUUAUUACGAAGAUGAGAAUGCUGUCUAUCCCACUCCUGAGCUAUAUAUAAUAUUGCAAGCCAGCAAAUUCAUCCAUCCCCAAACAUUAUAAAGCUAAGUCCUGAAUUAGCUAGCUAACCACGAGAGAGAGAGACAGAGAAGGAGAUGGGCGUGCAGGUUCGAGCUCGAAUGACCACAGUGCUGAUAUCGUCGGUAAUUCUGAGAAUGAUCAUCGGAGGCUUCCAAGGCAGUACUGUAAUCGUCAUCUCUGCUGAAGCUGCACUCGAUCCAAUGUGUGCUGGCUCUCACGAAUGGUUUUGUAGUGAAACCGACUUCGAUAUACCUCUAGCCGCCACCCGACAAAAAAUAUUAUAUCACCUCACAACCAUAACAAAGUGCACUGCGGUCUAUGAAGACGACCUUCCUGAAGAUGGAGCAGUACCAGUCGCUUACAGACAUUCUUCUUGUGCCGAUGACCACACUGAUAGCCACAUUCCGAAGACUAAUCCCAACUGCUUUAAUUGCUUAAAAAGAGCGACUGUUCUGAUGAACAAAAAUUGCCCGGACAAAGAUGGAGCUCAGUACGGGACAGAGCAGUGUUGUGCUAGAUAUGAGAAGUUCAACUUUUGCGGAGCAACUAAUUAAGAUAUUGUUAACCGCAAGCCAGGGCUUGUGUUAACAAAGGCGCCUAUCCAAUUUUUACUUCAAUUCGUUUCGUCCAAGGAAGCUUGUCUGUACUGUGUCGUUAUCUCCGCAUUUUAGUAAGAGUCAGUGUCUUCAUUUGCUCCUUGUAGCUCCUUGAGAGCUCCCGAUUUAGUGGCAUAUCAUGCUCUUUCAUGGUAGCUCGGCUGCAUACAAACUCCAGAGUAUAGUCCGAGUCGGUUUUGUAAUCGAGUCGUUGCUCCACGUCUUUGGGAUUUCCUUGGCUAAAAGACAAAACUAAAAUGAAGCCUUGCUCAUCUAUAUAUGCAUUGGGGGAAAGAGAUGCAUCAAAAGUAAAACUACCAGUUAUUAAGACAAAUGAGUUGUUUUAAUUCUUAAUAUUGGCUUUUAUUUUUAUUUUCAGUGACAUUAAAACCAAUUUUCCGUGGAGCAAGCUAAUCAUAAUUGUAUGGAUCAGCUUAAUAAAGUGAAUAAUAAAUUCAAAUUUUAAAGGUAUUUAACCUUUUGGAAUUGGUUAGGAUGCUAACACCUUUUUUUUAGCAUAAUGCUAACUACUAACACUAGUUCUAGCCAACAGUAACAUUUUGUUUUGAUUAUUUUUUAGUUUAAAUUCGUUGACAUAAAUUAAUAAAUAGGAAAUUAAAGAGGAGCAAGCUGGUUAUUAAUGAAAACAACAAAGCAUCCCAAAGUAAAACCACAAACCUUGGAAAACUUACCAGAACCUCACUACACCACACCACAAAGUUCAUAAUGAGAGAUUCAACUAUGGCUAGGAUCUCUUCUUUGCUAGAACAUCUUCAAAACUGUUGCCACUAAUUAAACAAGAUAUGAAGGAAAUGAUGAGAGAUUCAGCUAUCGUUAGGAUAUCGACAAUAAUUCAAGCACACAGAUGACAAGUCAAGAAUAUUGAAAAACACAGCAGUUGACCUAAAGAAACAAAGAUUCCGUAAUCAUGAAGCAUACCAAUAAAUUCCCUUGUUUUGUUACUAAACAUAGAUUUCAAGCAACCUUUAAUUUGUCUUAGUAUUGCUUUGUUUCAAGCGACCUGUGUUGGACAUGAUUGUAUUUUGAUAUGUGUCAAUGUUCUCCUAUAAUCUAAUUUUCUAAACACUACUGAAAGCUAAGAAAUAAUUAUCUACGAAAAAAGAUAGGAGACAAUACCUGAUUGUUUUCUACAUCCUCCAACCAGUUUUGUUCAUGAAAUUCUUAUUAACGAACCUCGUCAUGGCCGCCAUUUGUUUAUUCACCUCCGUUAACUCUUCAUUUAAAGCAGUCAUAUUUUCACUUGAAUGACCAGAUAGACAAAUUGCAAGUUUAGCCACUAGAAUUACUUUAUUCUAUCCGUAAUCAUUUAAAUUAGGUUAACAGUUCAUGUUUGGUCACUGGCCGUUAGUCUCUGUUAACUUUUGAUGAUGUGGCGGUCAACUCUUAUAGUUGACCGUUAAAUGAGUGACAUGGGAAUUAAAAAAUAAAAUUUUCUAUUUUCAACCUCACAUUCAUUAAAAAAAUAAAAUAAAAAUAAAACAUAAUUUCUCUUAUCCUACCAGCCUCACCCCUCUCGUUCACAAUCCCGAAAUGCAAAUAAAACCUAGUUUGUGGAAAAUUAGUUGCAUCAGAAGCAGAGCUUCUAUGAUCCUCAGUUUCCGUCCAUAUCCCAAUUACAAGUAUACAACAAUGGCAGCCUGAUCGUUCACGGUCUCAAUCAUCUUAAUUCGUUGGUAGUAGUUGGAUUACCGGGAAAAGCCCGAAUCGUUACGGAUCCAGAGGUAGAUGUAGAACUUUAAAUUUUAGGUCGUUCUUAGUUUUUUGUUCCAUUGUUUCCUUCUGGCCUUUUUCUAUUAUAUAAGACUGACUUCUUUCUUUGAUUUCCAUGCUAGAUUUUAGCUGGAGGAUGGACAGAUCAAUAAACGCGAAAUUUCGACUUCUAUUAUCACCAUCUCUUCUUCGUGAUUGUGAAUAUAGAAUGGCCAUGGUU